AUGACCUGCUUAACCACCCGGGGCGAGUUGUCCCAGUUAUUCCCAUCUCAGGUGCAGACAUGCGGCCGAUUGAAAGCGGCCCCGCUCGACUCCGCGGAGCCCCCGAAGAGAUCCACCGUGAGGCUCCUCAUGCACAGCGCGGCGAUGUUCGGGAGGGAGUUCUGCUACGCCGCUGAGGCGGCUUUCGUGACCCCGGUGCUACUGAGUGUGGGACUGCCUAAUAGUCUUUACAGCAUCGUGUGGCUCGUCAGUCCCAUUCUGGGCUUUAUUCUCCAGCCCAUCUUCGGCUCAGCCAGCGACUACUGCCGGUCCAGGUGGGGCAGGAGGAGACCCUACAUUUUGGCCGUCGGGAUCCUGCUGGUGGUGGGGAUGACUCUGUUUCUUAACGGAGAAGCCUUGGUAACAGCCGUCAUUAAACACAGGAGACAAGGAAAACUUUGGAGUAUACUGAUAACUGUUCUUGGCGUGGUCAUCUUCGACUUUUCCGCAGAUUUCAUCGACGGCCCCAUCAAAGCUUAUCUAUUUGAUGUUUGCUCGCAUCAGGACAAAGAGAGGGGCUUACAGUUGCAUGCACUGCUGACUGGUAUUGGAGGUGCUAUGGGCUACAUAGUGGGUGCUAUAGAAUGGAAGAGUACUCCUCUGGGACGUGUUUUAGGAUCCGAAUAUCAAGUUAUUUAUGUUUUUGCAGCAGUAACUUUCAUUACAUUUCUGACCAUACAUCUGUGCAGCAUACCAGAAGUUCCUUUAGGUGAGGAAGAAGAUGCUAAGGAAUCAUAUUUGCUAGGAGAUAAUACCACAGUCUAUGGAACUAUUGGAAGUCAUAAAGACGAUCUUCAUGAUCCGUGUGUCGAUAAUCUGAAACCUUUGUCACCGGUGAAAAAAUUAGAAAAUGGUUCACUUAUCGCCUGCAAUAAACCACAAGAUGACAAGGUACAAGGACGUAUGACUCUAAAAUCCUUGAUGAAGACGUUGCUCAAUAUGCCUUCUCAAUAUCGCUGCUUGUGUAUUAGUCACCUCAUAGGAUGGACAGCAUUUCUCUCCACUAUGCUUUUCUUCACUGACUUCAUGGGACAGGUUGUGUAUGAUGGUGAUCCACAUGCUGAGCACAAUACUACCGCAUACAUUAUCUAUGAGCGCGGUGUUGAAGUAGGAUGCUGGGGCUUGUGCAUUAAUGCAAUAUUCUCAGCAGUUUAUUCAUAUACACAGAAGAUCCUUAUUCCUCUAAUUGGAUUGAAAGUACUGUACUUUUUGGGCUAUGUCCUGUUUGGCAUUGGAACUGGAUUGAUUGCAUUCUUUCCUAAUGUUCUCUCCACCCUGAUCCUUUCUGCAAUAUUUGGAGCAAUGUCAAGUACACUUUACACCAUUCCCUUUAACUUGAUAGCUGAGUACCACAAAAAAGAGAAGAUUGAAAGAAAAAAUGACGGGGCAGCUUUGAACGAAAGUAGGGGUAAAGGUAUUGACUGCGCUGCCCUGACCUCCAUGGUACAGUUAGCACAAAUCUUAGUCGGAGCAGGAGUCGGAGCUCUGGUAAACCUGGCUGGCACUGUGAAAGUUGUGAUGAUCACUUCGUCAGCCAUCUCCUUUUUGGGUUGUUGCUUUGUUUCAGUAUUUGUUCACUACGUUGACUGAGAUGAGCCGAAGGAAUGCAAAACUGUGAUAAUUUUGUUUUCUCAAUUUCAUUAAAUGCUCCAAAUUAUUACCUGUGCCUUCCCCAGUGACUCCAGUGUUGCCUUGAUUCAGGCACAGUAUGACAAAUGAUCCUAACUAGAUCUUUAUAUUUUGUUGCCGCCAAACAAUUGAUACUAGGUACAAUCAUCACAGCGAUAUUUGAUUCUGCGCUUCCCGCUCGCUGGAUUUAAAAUAUUAAAUAUUAAAAAUAUUAAAAAUAGUAAAAAAAAUUAGUAAAUAUUAAAAUUUUAAAAUUAUAAGUCAUAAAUAGAAAAUGGAAAGUAAGGUAGUGCAAAAUUCCGAGAGGCAGGUCCGGAUAUUUGGAGGGUACGGCCCAGAUCCGGGUCAGGCUCCGUUCAGCAGUCUUAUCACAGUUGGAAAGAAGCUGUUCCCAAAUCUGGCUGUACGAGUCUUCAAGCUCCUGAGCCUUCUCCCGGAGGGAAGAGGGACUGCUUGCUUUUCUUGGAUCUUAAUAGGAUCUCAAUAGGAUCUCUUCUAUAGGAUAUUGUCGGGCUGCAAGCACUCACUUGAGGAAAGACAGCGCAAGAUAUAACAAGUGAUCAGGGACUUUCGCUGUAUUUCUUCAGGCUUCAAUCUAUUAGACACUUAGCAAAGGCCAAAAAUAAAACAAAUGUAAACUGAGCAGCCAUAGUGUGAGUGGGCCAGUGUUAGAGCAGUUAAGCUUUGGCUCAAGAGGCUUGGCCAAGAAGUGGCAAAAGCUUUAAGUAAAUUUCUUAUAAGUUUUUGUUUCUUUUUUCUUGUCUGUUAGUACAUAGCCAGUGGGUCCAGGGUUAGUGUUAUGUUCUUUGUGUGAAAUGUGGGAACUCUAGGAGUCCUCCAGUCUCCCUGAUAACUACAUUGGCAUGAAGUGCAUCAUGCUGAAGCUCCUCAGGGACCACGUAAAGGAACUGGAGCUGCAACUCAGUGAUCUUCUGCUCUUAUGGGAGAAUGAGGAAGUGAUAGAUAGGAGCUACAGGGAGGUAGUAACCCCUAAGUUGCAGGAAGCAACUAUCUGGGUGACUGUCAAGAGAGGGAAUAGGCAGCCAGUGCAGAGUACCCCUGUAGAUGUUCCCCUCAAUAACGUGUGCUGCUUUGGAUACUGUUGGAGGGGACAAACUACCACAGUGGAGAGCCACAGCGACCAGGUCUCUGGCACUGAGUCGGGCUCUGUAGCUUAAUAGGGAAGUGGGGAGACGAGAAUUGAAAUAAUGAUAGGAGAUUCCAUAGCAGACAGGAGAUUCUGUGGAUGUGAGAGACACCUGGAUGGUACAGUAUGUUGCCUUCCAGGUACCAGGGUCUGAGAUUUCUUUGGUCGGUCCACUGCAUUCUGAAAGUGAACAGCCAGAGGUCGUGCUACAUAUUGGUACCAAAGACAUAGAUAGGAAAAGGGAUGAGGUCCUGAAGAGAGAGUAUUGGGAGCUAGGUAGGAAGCUGAAAAUCAGAAUCUCAAGAAUAGUAAUAACUGGAUUGCUGCCCGUGUCAGGCUCCAGUGAGGGUAAGAAUAGAAUGAUUUGGCAGGUGAAUGGGUGGCUGAUGAACUGGGGCUAGCAUUCAGAUUUAUGGAUCAUUGGGAUCUUACCUGGGGAAGGUAUGGCCUGUACAAAAAGGACAGGUUACAUCUGAACUCAAGAGGGAUAAAUAUCCUUGCAGGCAGGUUUGCUAGAGCUGUUGAGGAGGGUUUAAACUAAUUUGUCAGGGGGUUGGGAACUGGUGAUAGGGAUGAGGAUGGGAAUACUGCACAAUGCAGGAUAUUCAAUAUAUAAAUUUAAUGUCCUGCAAUUUUGAAUGUGCAGGAAGAAAUAUUCAGAAGGGAGAAUGUGUCAACUGUGGGUGACAAAGGAAGUCAUAGACAGCAUAAGAGCAAAAGAGAGAGCAUAUAAUAUAGUAAAAAUUAGUGGGAAGUUAGAGGAUUGGGAAACUUUUCAAAGUCAAAGUUCGAAGUAAAUUUAUUAGCAAAGUACAUAUAAGUUAUCACAUACAACCCUGAGAUUCAUUUUCCUGUGGGCAUACUCAGCAAAUCUAUAGAAUAAUAACUGUAACAGGAUCAAUAAAAGAUCAACCAGAGUGCAAAAGACCAGAAACUGUGCAAAUACAAAUAUAAGUAAAUUGCAACAAAUGAUGAGAACAUGAAAUAAUGAGAUAAAGUGCUCUUAAAGUGAUAUCAUUGGUUGUAGGAAUAUUUCAACGAUGGGCAAAUGAGUGUAGUUGUCUCUGUGGAAGAGCCUGAUUGCAGAGGGUAGUAACUGUUCUUGAACCUGGUGAUGUGAGUCCUGAGGAAACCAACAGAAACCAUAAAGAGAGAAAAGAAGAAAUACAAAGGUAAGCUAGCCAAUAAUAUAAAAGGAUGCCAAAAGUUUUUUCCAAUAUAUAAAGAGUAAAAGAGAGGUGAGAGAAGAUAUUGGACUGCUUGAAAAUGACACUGAACAGGUAUUGGGGCAAAGAAAUGGCAGAUGAACUUAGUAAGUAUUUUACAUCAGUUUUCACUGUGGAAGACACUAGCAGUAUACCAGAAGUUCGAGACUAUCAGGCGGCAGAAGUGAGUGUUGAUGCUUUCACUGAGAAGAAGAUGCUUAGGAAAAUGGAAAGUGUGAAGGUCGGAAAGUCCGGGUGGACUACACCCCAGGGUUUUGAAGGAGGUAAUUGAAGAGAUUGUGGAGGCUAGAUGCUGGAGUAGUUCCAGAAGACAGGAAAAUUGCAAAUGUCACUGCACUCCAAGAAGGGAGGGAAACACAAUACAGGAAAUUCUAGGCCAGUUAGUCUGACUUCAGUGGUCAGCAAGAUGUUGGAGCCCAUUAUUAAGGAUGUUUUCUUGGGAUACUUGGGUACACGAUAAAAUAGACUAGUCAGGAUGGUUUCUUAAGGGGAAAUCUUGCCUGCCAAAUCUGUUGGAAUUCUUUGAGGAAAUAACAGGCAGGAUACAAAGUUAGUGAGUGUUGUUCACUUGGAUUUUCAUAAGGCUUUUGACAAGUUACCACACAUGAGGCUGAUAAACAAGAUUAAAAUCCACAUAUUACAAGAAAAUACAAACAUGAAUAGAAGAUUGAUUGACUGGCAGGAAGCAAAGAUUUGGAAUAAAGGGAGCCUUUUCUGAUUGGCUGCCAGUGAGUACUGGUGUUCCACAGAGGAGGGUGAUGGGACUGCUUCUUUUUUUUUGUUAAUGAUCUGGGUGACAGAAUUGAUGGCUUUGUAGUCCAGUUUGUGUACGGUACAAAGAUAGGUGAAGAGACAGGUACUGUUGAGGAAACAUGGAGUCUGCAGAAGGACUUAGACAGAUUGGGAGGCAGGGCAAAGAAGUGGCAGAUGGAAUACAGUGUAGGGAUAUGUAUAAUCAUGCACUUUGGCAAAAGGAAUAACAGUGUAGACUAUUUUAUAAAUGAGGAGCAAAUUCAAAAUUCAGAAGUGCUUGUAUAGGAUUCCCUAAAGGUUAACUUUCAGAUUGAGUCAAUGGUAAGGAAGGCAAAUGUCAUGUUAGUAUUCAUUUCAAGAGGACUAUAGUAUAAAAGCAAGGAUGUAAUGCUGAGGCUUUAUAAGGCAUUGGAGUAUUGUGAGCAGUUUUGGGACAUUUAUCGAAGGGAAGAUGUGCUGACAGUGGAGAGGGUCCAGAGGAGGUUCAUGAGAAUGAUUCUAGAAAUGAAAGGGUUAACGUAUGGGGAGCAUUUGAUGGCUCUGAGCCUGUACUCACUGGAGUUUGGAAAAAUGAGGGGGAUCUCAUUGAAUACCUUUGGAAUAUUGAAAGACCUGGAUAAAGUGGAUGUGCGGAGGAUGAUUACCAUUGUGAGAGAAUCGAGAAUCAGAGGGCACAACUCAGAAUAGAGGAACAGCCUUUUAGAACAGAGAUGAGGAGAAAUUUCUUUACCCAGAAAGUGGUGAAUCUGGGGAAUUCAUAGAAAACAUAGAAAACCUACAGCACAAUACAGGCUCUUCGGCCUACAAAGCUUUGCCGAACAUGUCCCUACCUUAGAAAUUACUAGGAUUACCCAUAGCCCUCUAUUUUACUAAGCUCCAUGUACCUAUCUAAAAGUCUCUUAAAAGACCCUACUGUAUCCGCCUCCACCACCGUUGCCGGCAGCCCAUUCCACGCACUCACCACUUUCUGUGUAAAAAACUUACCCCUGACAUCUCCUCUGUACCUACUCCUAAGCACCUUAAACCUGUGACCUCUCAUGGCAGCCAUUUCAGCCCUGGGAAAAAGCCUCAGACCAUCCACACGAUCAAUGCCUCUCAUCAUCUUAUACACCUCUAUCAGAUCACCUCUCAUACUCCGUCGCUCCAAGGAGAAAAGGCCGAGUUCACUCAACCUGUUUUCAUAAGGCAUGCUCCCCAAUCCAGGCUACAUCCUUGUAAAUCUCCUCUGCACCCUUUCUAUGGCUUCCACAUCCUUCCUGUAGUGAGGCAACCAGAACUGAGCACAGUACUCCAAGUGGGGUCUGACCAGGGUCCUAUAUAGCUGCAACAUUAUCUCUCAGCUCCUAAAUUCAAUUCCAUUGCCACAGCAUGCAGUACAGGCCAAGUCACUGGGUACAUUUAAAACAGAGCUUGAUAGAUUCUUGAUUAGUAAGGGCGUCAAAGGUUAUGGGGAGAAAGUAGGAGAAUGAGGUUGAGAGGGAGAAUAAAUCAGAAAUAAGAGAAGGCGGUGCAAACUCGAAGGGCCAAGUGGCAUAUCUCUGCUCCUACGUCUUAUGUUUUUUAGCUGAUGUGAGCUUCAAUGGGAAAAAAAUUCUGAUCAACAGACAUACUGGCCUUAAAUCUGAUAAAAAAAAAUUAAGCUAUCCAGAUUGAGAGCCAGCCAUUUUAAUUCCCAGUUUGAGAUUCACCUGUUUGUCUUAGAUUGUUGAAGCAACAAUACUUCACAGAAUGUUGCUGAUUGAUCCAGAAAGGCCUGCUGAAAAUUGUUUCAUCAAAUCGUGUCUCUCAUUUACUUGUGCUGAUUACCUAAAUUGAAAGCUAAUAAGAAAAUCAUGAGGUUGUACAAUUAAGAUAUUUAUAACUUACUUUAUUAAAUUAAUGGGAGUCUCUGAUCUCCUGAUUUCCGGAUUAGUGCUCUCUAACCAUCUCUGCCAUUCCACCAAUUCCUAAUUGGGAAAAUAAUCAGUAUUGAUUAAUUCACCCUGGAGAAGUCAGUGAGGCAAACCUUUGUGUACAAUGGAGAAAAGAAAUGUUAAAAAAAAACAAUAAACACCAGAGGUUCUGCAGAUGCUGGAAAUCCAGAGCAACACACAGAAAAUGCUGGAGAAACUCAACAGGUCAGGCAGCAUGUAAGGAAAGGAAUUUUCAGGUCAAGACCCUUCAUCAGGAAUAAAUUGUGAUUGUAAAAAAAAUACAAUGCCAUGGGAAAAUCUUGCUCAUUUUUAAUGAAAUUUUAUUUUGAAACACGUAGAUUUUUGGCGUUGUAUGGUCAUGUUAAAUUUGGGAAAAUGGUUCUGCAGUCCACAAUACAUCUCUUCAGAUUUUCCAUUAACCUCACUUCGCACUGUUCUUGCCAAGUUGUAAUCCUUUAAAAAGAAACCAGAAAUGUGACUUUCAUUUUGCCAGUGCAUAUGACUGAUAGACACUUUAAAAUAAUGCAAAAUUAUAGAGAGUUGUCCAGUCCUUCAUAUGUACCGCUAAAUCUCUAAUAGGUGGGGACAUAAUUUUAAGGUGUUUGGAGGAAUGUAUAGAGGGAAUGCCGGAGAAUGGUGGGUGUGUAGAACAUGUAAUUCCUAGAAUGAGCGACAGCCCGUUGUUUGGACAAUUUAAAUGCCGGUCUGGCUGAGUGUCAGGACCAGAGGCGAGGGUCAAGCCAUUUCUGCUCGCUGCUCCACGACAUUUGCUCCACUCUCCAUGGUGAUGAGGCUGUGGCUGGGCCUGCUCCGGGCUUCGUGUCUAUUGGAGCCACUUUAGUUCUGAAUACUGUUGCUUGCUUUCAUUAUUUGCACAAUGUCUGGUUUUCUUUCCUCCCUCUGUGCAUUGGGUGUUUGUUAGUCUUUUUUUUAAUGGGUUCUUUCAGGUUUCUUGUUUUGUGGCUGCCUGUAAGGAGAUGAAUUUCAAGAUUGUGUAAUUUAUACAUACUUUGAAAAUAAAUGUACUUUGAACUUUGUAUAAUUUACAAAAUAGAUUAAGUAAUCCAAUCAAUGUUUACUCUUUGAGUAAAUGGCCUUAAUCAGAAUGUCCCUAAUGCAUUAUAUAACCUGAGGUGAUAUAGUUCUUCUAACACUGGAAGUUCUGGAUGUAAAGAAAUGACUGAUAUCCCAGUUCCAAUCCUCUUACAUUAUUUUUUAGAUUUGACUUCACAAAACUUGCCUUUAUCUGCAAUGUCCAAUCCUUUCAUAGUUUUUGACAAUUUUUACAUUACACACAAAAUCAUAUUUUAUAAAGCAAGCAGUUUGUGUUUCUUUUAUUAAAGACAAACCCUUUGUACCAAAGCAUUAUCUGCCUCAGCUAAAAUAAAGCUUUUUCAUUUUGUAUUUCAUACAGCUGAAUAUAUGGUUUUUGAAUUAAGUAAUCUUAAUGUUCUCUUGUAUUAAUCAAUAGCUCAAGAAAAUACCUGAAACGGCAUUCUCUAAGAUGAGAUAUCUAAUUUUAAAAAGUUCUUCUGGCUAUAUAA